GAGAGAGACGAGAAUACGUAUAUCAGAUAGGGCUUCUUAUAAAAAUAGAGGUAGGGAAGGGCUUGAAGUUAGGCACCUGAUUUAAUUGUCAUAUGACACACUAGUUAUCAUCACGUUUGUGGGGAUGAGAAUAGUCAAGAUAAAAAAUAUUACUGUGUCAUAACUACUGUGUCAUUGUAUUUAUAGAACAGGCCAAAUUUAAAUAAAUCCUUUCGCCAAAUUUUAAUAAAUCCAAAAAGGAUUUAUUUUAGCAUGCUAAAUCAAAUAAGAUGAGAAGUAAUAGAAAUAAAUGACACAUUUAAUUACCAAUAGAGAAGCAUUAGUUUGCCAUCUAUUCAAUGAACCCUGCACUGCAGCGGUGUCAUUAUAGAAAUCUUUUGGUCCCAAAGCACUGAGUUUGUGUCGUAGAUAGAGAGUGGCUAUGAACUUAAAUUGAAUCUUAGCACUCCUGUUCACAUAAUAUUUUUUCUGCACAUGGUAAUAUUUUUGAUUUCUUUAAUUAUAUGGGCAUGCCUUUGCAUAGCUAAUAACCCAGUAUUAUAUUGGUGAAAAAUGAAUACAGGUUCAUGUACAUGUGGAGAUCAAUGCAUCAGUUUCAUGUUGUCCAGAAUGACAUUGUGCAGCAAGUGCGAGGCCUCGUUAAUCAGGCAAACAAGGCCGAACCAACAUUUGAUAUGCACAGGCAGGCAACACGUGAUCUCGAAUCAGCUGUAGCUGCCUGGCAUUCUAGUUUCUGCCGCCUGAUAAAAUUCCAACGGGAUUUUGUCUGUUCUCUGCAUGGCUGGUUCAAGCUUUCCCUCCUCCCAGUCAGCGGUGAGUUAACUAAUGGCAACAGGGAGCUAUCCGAGGUUUUUGCUUUUUGUGAUGAGUGGAAACUUGCACUCGAUCGGAUUCCCGAUACAGUUGCCUCCGAAGCCAUCAAAAGUUUUGUCAGUGUUGUACAUUCGAUAUCUUUGAAACAAACGGAGGAGCUCAAGAUCCAGAAACGAACCGAAACUGUAUCAAAAGAACUUGAGAAAAAAUCGUCCACUGUCAGGAACAUUGAGAGAAAGUAUUACCAAACGUACUCUAUGGUCGGUUUAGGUCUUCGUGAUACAGGGCCUGAAAAUGGGCAUGCUUUGGAUGCACGAGACCCCCUGGCCGAGAAAAAAGCAGAGCUUACAAUUUGCCAAAGGCGGGUGGAAGAUGAGAUGCUGAAACACGCCGAGGCAGUUGAGGUGACCCGAGCAAUGACACUAAACAACUUACAAACAGGCUUGCCUGGUGUUUUUCAAGCCAUGACCAGUUUUUCUGCUUUGAUCGCAGAAGCACUCGAGGCAGUUUGCACCAGCUCCUAUGCCAUCAAGUAGACAAAAACUCGUAUUUUAAUUUAAAAUAUAUUUCUUCUUUUUAUAUUCGGGUUUUGUGGCUGGUAGGAAAUAGAUUAGCAGGCAUUUUUUCAUGUACUUUUUUUUUGGCAAUGGUCUUUUGACAUUGAGUUUUAUUUCAGUUAUGUAAAUAGGUGGAAUUUUGCAGUUGCUGUCACCAUUUUUGUUGGUGAGGGUGAGAAUCUCUCCUUGCAGGAAAUUGCUUGCAUUAUUGUAUCAGAGAUUCAUUAUUUUUCCGGCAGCUCAAUAAAUUUAUCUCCUCUGUCUGAGGUGUACUCUUCUUGUCCUCUACGUUGGUUUCUAUUUGCUUGUA